AUGGCUCCUGCAAGCAGCUCGUUCGUGCUGGUGUUAUUGUUGGCCACCUUACUGUCAGUUCUAGUUACUGGUGUUGCUUCUGCUUCUUCGUCUUCUCCGGGCCCAAGUCUGACUCCCAACAACAUCAAUGGCAGCAACACUGACCUCGCGGCGCUCAUGGCUUUCAAAGGCCAGCUCGCCGAUCCUCUGGGUGUCCUUGCCAGCAACUGGACAACCAACGUGUCCUUCUGUCGCUGGGUCGGCGUCUCAUGCAGCCGCCGCCGGCAGCGCGUCACCGCGCUAUCUUUGCCAGGUGUGUCACUCCAAGGAGAGCUCAGCCCACAUCUCGGUAACCUCUCUUUCCUCAUGCUGCUCAACCUCACAAACACCGACCUCUCCGGUACAAUUCCUUCCGAUCUUGGUAGGCUACAUCGGCUUAGGAAACUAAGUCUCACUGGAAAUGGCCUCUCCGGCGCCAUUCCUAGUACCAUAGGCAAUCUCUCACAGCUGUACCUUCUUGACCUUGGUUACAACAGUCUCUCCAAGCAGAUCUUGCCGGAGCUGCUACAGAAUCUGCCCAAUCUUCAGCGCCUUUCUUUGAAAAAUAACGAGUUAAGUGGUGAAAUACCGCCAUAUCUUUUCAAUAACACACCUUCACUGAGGUACAUCGACCUUGGAAACAACAUGCUAUCAGGUACGAUACCUCACGGUGUGGGCUCCAUGCCCCGGCUAGAGUACAUGGACCUGCAACUCAAUCAGCUCUCUGGCACAGUACCCACGACCAUGUUCAACAUGUCACUGCUGCAAGUCAUGUCACUAGGACAAAACAAUCUAUCUGGGUCAAUUCCUAGCAAUCAAAGUUUUAGCCUACCGGUGUUGCAGGGGUUUUACUUGCAUAAGAACAACUUUGUAGGUGGGAUACCACUAGCGCUUUCAGGGUGCCAACAACUGCAAUUUCUCUCAUUGGUCUUCAAUUCUUUCUUUGAUACUGUGCCAACAUGGUUGGCUCAACUACCCCAACUCACAACUAUUCUGUUGGGCAAUAAUCACCUUGUUGGAUCUAUCCCAGCUGUUCUUAGUAAUCUCACCAGUCUUACUGUUCUAGGCCUAUCUUUCUGCAACCUGACAGGAGAUAUUCCAACUGAAUUAGGCCUAAUGCGAGGACUCUCAUAUCUGCAUCUUGGAACCAACCAGCUAACAGGUCCAAUGCCAACCAGUCUCACAAAUUUAUCUAAUCUGUAUAACCUAAAUCUUCAACAAAAUCAGUUGUCUGGAUCAGUACCAGCCACACUUGGGAACAUCCAAGCUCUGAUCACGUUUGAACUGUCAUAUAAUAAUUUCAACGGAAAUCUUGGCUUCCUGUCCUCUCUUUCCAAUUGUAGGCAGCUCCAGGAGGUUGGCAUAUUUUCUAAUUCUUUCACUGGGGAACUCCCUGACCAUGUGGGAAACCUGUCCACAGAAUUUAGAGAGUUUUAUGCAGGCUACAACAAGAUAACAGGUGUGCUUCCACCAACCUUGGCAAACUUAAGUAAUCUUUAUCAGAUUGAUCUCCGCAACAACCUACUAACGGGAGCAAUACCAGAAUCGAUCACAUUGAUGCAAAAUCUGGGAUACCUUGAUAUCUCAGGCAAUGAUAUGUCAGGUCCUAUCCCAACACAAAUUGGUAUGUUGACAAGCUUACAAAGACUGUAUCUCUUGGGAAACAAAUUGUUUGGUCCUAUACCCGAUAGCAUAGGAAACCUCACCAAGAUAGAGGCCCUCGUGUUGGCUUAUAACCACUUAAAUUCAACAAUACCGGCUAGCUUAUUCCACCUGGAUAAACUUCUCGGACUCUAUCUUUCUUACAAUUAUUUUUCUGGUGCCCUACCGGCUGAUGUUAGUGGUCUAAAACAGGUGGAUCAAAUUUUUAUAUCUUCCAACUUUUUGACCGGAAAAAUCCCUGAUUCAUUUGGACAGCUUAGGAUGCUCCAUGAUUUAAAUCUAUCACACAACUCAUUUGAGGACACAAUCCCAGAAUCUUUUCAAGAGCUGAUCAACUUAGCAUCACUCGAUAUCUCCUCCAACAAUAUCUCUGGUGCCAUUCCCAAGUUCCUUGCCAAUCUCUCCUUAACAAUCUUGGAUCUCUCCUUUAAUAAGCUAGAAGAGUACGGAUCUCUUGGAAAGGCAUCACGCAAGAGUGACGUGUUCAGCUAUGGAAUCAUGCUCCUUGAAGUCUUCACUGGAAAGAGACCCACAGAUCUGCUGUUCGAUGGAGAACUGAGCAUCAGACAGUGGGUUCAUCAAGCAUUUCCAUCUGAACUUGCCUCUGUUCUGGACGACCAGCUUCUGCAGGAAGCUGCUUCUAUCCAUGACCUGAAUGAUUCUCUUGUGCCAAUAUUCGAGAUGGGCUUGCUCUGCUCAAGUGGCUCGCCUGAAGAAAGGAUGUCAAUGAGGAACGUGGUGGUGAAACUGAAGCAGAUAAAAGAGGAAUACACAAAAAUGACAUCAGUAACAAUGCAGAGCACUGCCCAGUAA